AUUUUAUUCAUUAUUAUUAAACAUAAGUAAUAACUCCGCUGCCUUUGUUGAAACUUUAACUAUGUACCUAUAAGCACAGGCAAACAUAUUCUUCGAUUUUUGUUUUCGUUUUUUUUUUUUUCAUUUCGUAUUCCCCCCAUUUUGUCACAAUAUUUUCGCUUGCAGUCAAAACAUUCAAGUCAAUCGCGUAAAUAUUCACGCCAAAUUUGCAUAAGUUCGCAAUAAAAAGGCCAAGCGUCGACGAGUUGAGAGCAAAAUCCGAAAGGCAAAACGGCAAUACGGCAACAACAAAAUUGUGUUUGGUGUUUGAUAAAAAAAAAUAAAAAUAAACUCACACAAAAUUGUGACGACGCUAUGCAAGUGAUGUGGAUGGGUGUUAGAGCGACUUUGGCUGGAAUGGUGAGAGAAGUAGCAACAGGGGUGAGCUUUUGCAAAAUGUGAGCGGCGCAACGGAAGGGAAAACGACAGGUUGGGGCCUGCUCAUGUGGCAUGCGGAUAACGGGAGCAGGGCAGAGCAGCUGAUUACAAAACUCCGCCUCCACAAUAAGCGUAAACAACUCGGAGGAGACGAACAAAGCCAACAAAACACAACAAUAAAAGCAACAUAAAAUCGACAACAAAGCCAACAAAAACAACAAACGCAUUAAAGCAAAGUACAACAAGUUUACAUGAGCACCCAUACCAAAUAGCAACAACAGCAACUGAGUGAGUGUUUAGCUGAAAAGGGCGAAACACAAAACAACAAAAUACAUUCAUAAAACAAAGAGAGCAUUUAGCGUAUUCGCUUAAUGUUAGAAAGAGCACCUAGCGGCGCUCGAGUGCCGCGCACACAGCACAUGCGCCAUGACGUAAAGAACCGGUUCGCUUAACAGUAGCGCAAGUGAGCGCACUACACACGACUCUCUAACUAGGCGCGCUCUUUCCGCCAAUUGCCAUCACAAAGUCAGUGCAUACUUGACCGAGUGGCGCGGCGCUACUGUUGCUGUCUGAUUGGCGAGCUGCCGAAGUGAGCAGGCACGACAAUGUAGUGUGCUGCUCUCACGUUCACACAAUUCGCACGCUCAACAGGGUAGUCGUGUGGCCGACGCGUAUAACUGGAAUAUGUGCUAACUGGUUUUUCCAGUCCCAAAGCCAGUUAGUUUAUUCGCACUGACUUAUGAGCGUUGUGCAUAGUUGCGGUUCGGUCGGCUCACUUGCACACGCGACAACGACAAGCGACAAAAUGUGUGCAGCGUGUGAGCGCGCAGCAAAUGAAACCAGUAUAACGAAGCGUUGCUUAGCCGGUCUUCCGGCUCGUUGUUGGCUAACUAACUGGCUUUCGGACUGACAGGCGUCGUUGGCGUUGUCGUUGUCGUCGUCAUCGUCAUCAUCGCCAUCGCCUUCACAUCGGGUUGGAGCGAGCAAAAGUAGCAAUAGCAGUAACAGCGGCAACAGUAGUAGUUUGUGUUCGCGAGCAUAUUUGCAGCGCAGCAAAUGAUCACAUAAUCACCUCGUACCUAGUCGUUCACGCACUUUGUUUGUGGUUGGUUGCGCGUACAAAUCGUUCGCAGUGUCUCGAAUCGAGCGGUGAAUUUACUGUGUGUGGUUUGGUUUGGUGUUAACUCGCAAAAAUUCAAAACGCGCUUUGACGUGUCUAAACGCCGUCGUGUUAACGUUGUCAAUACGCGCGAUUGUCGUCGGUGGCUUAAAAAGUUAAUAUAUUUUACUGUUUUUGAAAGGAAAAAAUGUAUUAAAAAAUAAACGAAAUUAAAUUGUGUACAAUUGGAAGGUAAAGAGAAAAAACAAUUUUUGAAAAUACCAAAAAACCUAACGGUUGCGCGCGAAUUUAGCGAUUAGCUUGAAAAUCUCUAAUUUGCGUGAUUCAGUUGACUAAAGUGCUUUUCGAAGGACGGAUAAAAGCAAAUCGAUCUGAGUUUUACUUAUAUAAUGAGUUUUAUAAUAAAAGAAAUAACAAAUACGAGUACUAAAAUAUAAUAAAAAAUUUUAUUUAUAUAAACAAGAAAGUGUUGAAAAACAAAUUUUUUUGAAAAAAGAAACUUAUUAAAAACUGUAAAAUAUUAGAUACAAAAACGAAAGCAGUGUUAAAAAAUUAAAUAUUAUGAAACAAGAAACUAGGAACUCAAAAAUUCGAAAUUUUUCAAAAAGUAAUUAAAUACUGAAAGUAAUUAAGUCACUUUAAGUGAUUUUGAUUCUAGUUAUUCUAAUUAUCUUUCCCAAAAAUUCCAAAUCUCUGUGCUGUCUUCAGUUCAUUCACUAAGUGCUGAGCUCUGCUUAAGAUCAAAAAUAAUAAUUUUGCUAGCAAUUGUAAAAAAAAAAAAUUGAAAAUAUUGACAAAAAGCAACAAUUAAAACGCUGCAGAGAAACUCACGUGUGUGGCCGAAAUCACGCAUCAAUCCCUUUCCACCCGCCCAAAGCUCCCAAAGCAGGCAAUGCGACAGUGCAACACCCACGCCAACAAUUAGCAAAACCAAAAACAAAGCACGCACGCUAAAACAUACAUAACAUAUACAUAUAUAUAUAUAUACAUAUAAUGUACAUCUAUAUAUCAUAUAAACGUCAAGAAACUUUUGUUGCGGAGCAUUCAUGAUCGCCGUCGCGUAGAAAAUCGCUAAUUGCAGUGCGAAAAGAAAAAUGACACAAAUUAUACGCUAAUUAAAAGUGCAGUCUACUACUAGAGAGCAGCAGUUAGCGUGAAUAGUGGCAUUGUUGUUGCAAUUAAAAAUUCGUUGUUGAAAGUAUCUAUUACUGCCUUUAAGUCGUAAAGUGCGUGCUAUUGUUUAUAAUUCUCUAGAGGGCAAAAUACAAUACAAAAUAACAAAAAACAAAAGUGACUUAAAUCAUAAAAACAACAAAAAAAAACGCAUUUUAUUUCUAACACAAUUUGCUGCAACUGCAUCAUACUUUAAAUAGUAGGGUUUCAGAAAUAAAAAAGUUUUUAAUAAUUCAAUAAAAAAAUAAAAUAAAAAAUUUUUAAAAAUUGUAUAAAUAAAAAACACUGAAUUUAUAUUAUACAACAACUAGUGUGUGUAUUUUCACUUUGUGCACGCGUCCCCUAAAAAGCCGUCAAAAUUCUUGAUAAAGUGGCCUCGAUAGGCGCCAACACGCUUAACUUCACCGAUUUAGGGAGCCCCUAUGAGGGGCCUCCCAGCACACCACAAUCCGGCAUGGAUGCACCAGAUGCACCGCACACACCCAAAUAUAUGGAUGGCGGCACAACAACAACGGGCACACCAGGCGUACAAAUACCGGGCAAAUCGGCAUUUGUGGAGCUGCAACAACAUGCCGCCGCCGGUUACGGCGGCAUACGCGGUGGUUAUCAACAUUUCGGACCACAAGGUGGACAAGAUUCUGGAUUUCCAAGUCCACGCAGCGCCUUAGGUUACCCCUUCCCGCCAAUGCAUCAAAACUCAUAUUCCGGCUAUCAUCUAGGCAGCUAUGCGCCGCCCUGUUCGAGUCCACCAAAGGAUGAUUUUUCCAUAUCCGAUAAAUGUGAAGAUUCCGGCUUACGCGUUAAUGGCAAAGGCAAGAAAAUGCGCAAACCGCGCACAAUAUACAGUUCAUUGCAAUUACAACAAUUAAAUCGACGAUUCCAGCGUACACAGUAUUUAGCGCUGCCAGAGCGAGCCGAAUUAGCGGCGAGUCUGGGCCUCACGCAAACACAGGUGAAAAUCUGGUUCCAGAAUCGACGCUCGAAGUACAAAAAAAUGAUGAAAGCUGCACAAGCGCCUGGUACCGGCGGCGGCAUGCCAUUGGGUGGUGGUGGUCCAAAUCCUGGUCAACAUAGUCCAAAUCAAAAUAUGCACAGUGGCGGUAAUAACGGCGGUGGCUCCAAUAGCGGCUCACCAUCACAUUAUCUACCUCCCGGACAUAGUCCGACGCCAUCAAGUACGCCUGUGUCCGAGUUAUCACCUGAAUUCCCUCCAACGGGUCUUAGUCCGCCUACGCAAGCGCCAUGGGAUCAAAAGCCACAUUGGAUCGACCACAAACCACCGCAAAUGACGCCGCAGCCACCUCAUCCAGCGCCGCCACAUCCGCAAUCGCAUCACCACAAUCCGCCACCACAAAUGGGCGGCUAUGUACCGCCACAAUAUUGGUACCAGCCCGAGACGAAUCCUUCGUUACUAACUGUUCCCUCUCAUACCAAUUACAGGGUCUGGCCAGCGGUUUAACAGCACCACCACCAACAACAACAACAAUACAUACACCAAACCGAUCCUAUUUUCAUAGAUAAUUCCAAUGCGUAUAUUUAAUGAAAAAUAAAAACAAUAAACAAACAAAUUGUACACAAAGAAGGUAAUUUAAAAUUUAUCUAAUUGAAAAAAAAAAAUUUAAAUAAAGUGUAAAAUAUUUACAACAACAAAAAAUGCUGUAAUUAAAGUUAUAAAUUAAUAAUUUCAAUAUAUAAUUAUAUAUAUAGUUCCGUGUAAGUAAUUAAAGUAAGAAACUAAGAUGAAUUUAAUUACAAUUAUUUAUAAUUAAUAUAAAUAAAUUGUAAUUAUAAAAAAAAAAUAAAUAAAAAUAGUUGAAACUUUAACAGUUUAAAAAAUGUAGUAAACUCGAAUUAAGUGCUGAAAAUGUUGAUAAUAAUUAAAUAAUGAAUAAAAUAAAAAAAAUAAUAAUAAUAAAUCAAUAACAAAAUACAACAAAAAAAAUAUUUCGUAUUGUGUAGAUUUUUUUACUUUAUUUUAGUUUUAAUUUUCUUCAAAUUUUUUUUGUCAAAUACAAAAACAACAAAAAGUUUGCAGCUUUUUGCCGCUAAAAUCUACAUAUACAAGUACGAGCGUAUAUAUAAAAUACCACAAAAAAUCAGUUAAAAUCAGAUCUCUAUAAUUUUAUUAUUUUUCUUCAGACACCACUUACUCAUUUAAAUCAGGAAAAAAAUCGAAAUUGAAAAAAAUUUAUUAAAAUCGUAGUAAAAUUGUUUUAAAUGAAAAAAAAAUGUUUUUAUGUGCAAUAAUAUUUUUAAAGUAGCACAUAAAAAAAUAAAAAAUAAUAUUAAAAGGAAAAAAAAAUUAAAUAAAAAAAUUUUUAAAUUGACAUUUUACAAUUACCGUUGUUUUAGUAGACAAAUAAAAACUUGUGUAUAAAAACGUAAGUAAAAGCAAGCACGAAAAUUUUGAAUCCUAUUUUUUUUAAUUGAAACUAAAAUUUCAGCGGAAAUAUUUUAUGUAAAAAAAAUAAAGUAAAUAUAGAAACUGUAAAUUUUUGUAAAAAGCAAUUUUCUAGCGUUUAGCAAACAAAUAAUAUUUAAAAUAAUUUUGUGUUAAAUGUUAAAGCCUUUAGUUAACAAACACAAAACUGUAAAUAUAAAUAAUAUAUGCAAAACUUACAUAUAGUAGCUUAAGCUAAUUUAAAUUGUAAGUAAAGUGCGUUAAAUUAUUAUUAAAUAGUAACGUAAAAUUUGUCCCACUUUCCUGUAGUCGAUAGAAUUAUUACGCAAAGCAGAAGAAAACAAAAACACAAAAAGAAAAAUUAAAUUAAAAACAAGAAUAUUAAAUAUUUUUUUUUUUACUUUUUUUUAAAGAAAAUACAAACAAAAAGGUACCGUUAAUAAAGACAAAAUUUUUUAGCUGACCACAAAAUCAACAUAAUGCAACCUAACCUUACUUUUUUAAGCCCAGCAGUCGAAAACAAUUAAAACUUUCUCAAACAGACCAAAAAGUUAAGUAAAAUAUUUCUAUGAAAAUCACUACUCAACAAAAAACAACAACAAUAUUCGAAAAAAAAGUAUUUUGAGUUAACAUCUUUUUCUGGCAUUGGAACCCGCGCAGAAGUGACAUGUUUUUUUUAUUUUGAAAAGCACUUUUGAACAGCAUUUAGCGCUUAGUCAGGCAAACAAAAUCAUUAAUAAUUAUAGUAAUAAGUUAAACAUUUUCGAAAAAUGUUAUAAAAUGUGUGCGUACAUCUACAUAUAUAUAAACUUUUUGUUGUUGUAUGUAAGUCAAACUAAAGUAAAAAAAAAAAUAAAUAGACAUAAAGACAAAAUAUAUAUACAUUUAGACAUGCUAAACUUAGUAAUUCUCUAAUUGAAUUUAGUACUAAAUUAUAUAAAUAAAUAUAUAUAUAGCAAGUGUGUCGUAAUUGUAACGAAAUGAAACAAUACAAAUACAAUAAUAAUUCGUAUGGAAAUAAAAAUUAAAACAAAGAAAUUUUAAAUACAAAAAAAAAA